AUGCCCAAUCUGAAUCUACAAGAGUCUGAAUCUGCAAGAGUGAACCAAUUAUUUGUGCUACUUUGUAAGAAUCACGUGAAAAUUGUAAACUCAGGAGAUGCAGAAGUGAGAUGCAUAGAGAGCGAGAGAGAAGCUCUUCUAAGCUUCAAGAAUGGCCUCAUCGACGAGGAUGGUAUUCUCUCGUCGUGGAAAAGCAACGAAUGCUGCGAAUGGCAUGGUGUUGGGUGCAGUACCUCCACUAGCCAUGUCACCACUCUCAAACUUAGUAGUCUUGAAAAUAAAGGUCGUGUAUUGAAAGGUGAUGUUCGCCCUUCAUUGCUCGAAUUGCAUCAUUUAAAUCAUCUCGACCUUAGUUUCAACGAUUUUGGAGGCAUUCCGAUCCCAGAAUUCAUUGGUUCCAUGAAACAAUUACAACACUUGUUCCUUAAAUAUUCUAACUUUUCUGGGAGCAUUCCUCCUCAGUUAGAGAACCUUACCAACCUACACUCACUUGAUCUUUCGUCUAACUCUUUGAGUUCUACAUCUCUUUCUAUACUUGGUUCUGUAUUCGAAUCACUCGAAAUACUAGACUUGUCUGAUAAUAAACUCAAUGGAUCCAUCCCAGACCUUAGCGCAUUUUCUUCAUUGAAAGAACUUCAUCUUCUGGGAAAUAACUUUACCGGCUCCAUUCCUCUAAGUGUUGGCCAACUCUCCGAGCUUCAAGUUCUAGAUCUUUCUUAUAACUCUUUAGAAGGUCUAGUCUCGGGAUCCCACUUCACCAAGCUUGAUAAGUUAAAGACACUUGAUUUAUCCUACAAUUCAUUGAUCUUUGAUAUUCCCCUUGAUUGGAGUCCUCCUUUUCAAUUGGAAAGUAUAGCUUUAGGCGGGUGCAACGUGGGCCCGUAUUUCCCGAAAUGGAUUCAAACUCAGAGGAAUUUGCAUUCCCUUGAUCUCGGCCGUGCCAAUAUAACACAUGAAGCCCCGUGGUGGUUGUGGAGUACGUUUUCAUCAUUCGGAAACUUGGAUCUCUCCGACAAUCAAAUAAGUGGUGCAAUUCCUAAUCUCUCAUCAACCUCCAUACGUAUUCCUCGGGGGAUAUGCAACUUGUCUUCGAUAAUACCUGAUUGCUUCACCAAUUCAACUGUCAUGGCUAGAAAGAAUAGCCAGUUUCCGAAUCCUGGUCCAUCUAUGUUUAUUGUAAUAAUCUCCCAAAAUACAGAGGAAAAUAAGCGCUAUGGAUAUUCAUCAUUUCAAUGGAAAGGUCAUGAAUGGGAAUACAAGCAAAAUCUCGAGUUUCUCAAACUCAUUGAUUUUUCAAGCAAUAGAUUGACUGGGAGCAUUCCCAAAUCAUUUUCCUACAUGAGCGGAUUAAGUUCCUUGAAUUUAUCAAGAAAUGGUUUGACAGGAUAUAUAAUCGAAGAUAUUGGUAAACUGGAGAUGCUAAAUUUUCUUGAUCCGUCAUAUAACCAACUCUCGGGCAAGAUACCUACGAGUUUGACAGAAAUAUACUCUCUUGGUGUUCUUGAUUUGUCGAACAACAAUUUGUCCGGAAAAAUUCCAACAAGUACUCAACUCCAGAGCUUCAAUGCAUCGGUUUAUGCUGGGAAUGAUGGACUCCGUGGCGACCCUCUGCCAAGGUGCCCCGGAGAUAGACUAAGGCCACCAACCACUAAUCAUCCGAGGGAAAACACGAACGAAAAAGACGACAAUAUUGGUCUCUCGUUUAUGCAAGAAGUUGGCAUAUCAAUAGCCUUUGGAGAUGUGCAAGUGAGAUGCAUAGAGAGGGAGAGAGAAGCUCUUCUAAGCUUCAAGAAUGGCCUCAUUGAUGAGUAUGGCCAUCUCUCGUCGUGGCAAAGCGACGAAUGCUGCGAAUGGUAUGGCGUUGAGUGCAGCAACGCAACUCGCCACGUCAUCGCCCUCCGACUUAUUGGUGUAGCCUCGAGAGGUAUAGUCUCUGAAUCAUACUUCAUCAAGCUUGAUAAGUUAAAGACACUAUAUUUAUCCUCCAAUCCAUCAUUGAUCUUGGAUAUUGCAUCUGACUGGAUCCCUCCUUUUCAAUUGAGUGAAAUAUCUUUAGCCAGGUGCAAUGUGGGUCCAUAUUUUCCAAACUGGAUUCGAACACAGUUGAAUUUGUCAUCUCUUGAUCUUAGUGUUGCCAAUAUAACAGACGAAGCCCCGAGAUGGUUGUGGAGUGCGUCUUCUUCAUUAGUGGUCUUAUAUCUCUCCAACAAUCAAAUAAGUGGCACAAUUUCAAAUCUCACAUCCACCUCCAUUGAGUAUAUGGAUCUUAGUUACAAUCGAUUCUCAGGUCCUAUACCAUUAUUUCCUGCCCUUGCUAUCGAGAUUCAUUUAAGCGGAAAUAUGUUCUCGGGUUCAAUUUCAUCCCUUUGCAAGAUUCCUUUCUCUCCCAUUUCAGUCCUUUCCCUCGCCCAUAAUCAGUUUGCAGGAGAGAUUUCCAACUGUUGGGAUCAAAUGCCAAUGUUGUACGCCAUCAAUUUGGCUAACAACCAUUUUUCGGGGGAAAUUCCUCACUCUCUCGGGACUUUACUUUUCCUCAGAGGACUACAAUUGCAUGCUAAUAAUUUAUCUGGUGAGUUCCCUUACCAUUUGAGACAUUGCCAACAUUUGCUUAUCCUUGACGUCGGAGGGAACAAGUUAAUAGGAGAGAUCCCCACUUGGAUUUGGCAGAUGACUGAUAUAAAAAUUCUAAACCUUCGUGGAAAUAAAUUGCAUGGAAAUAUUCCUCUUGGGAUAUGCAAUCUUACUUUUAUUCAUGUUUUGGAUUUGUCGUUAAACAACUUGUCUUGGAUAAUACCUGAUUGCUUCGAGAAUUUUUCUUACUUGACUGAUAAGGAUAACUUGAUGUAUGAAUCUCUUUUUGAUUCAUUUUACGGUUUCUAUGCAAAUAAGCUCUAUGGAUAUUCAUCAUUUCAAUGGAAAGGUAAGGAAUCCGAGUAUUGGGAAAAUCUCAGUCUUCUCAAACUCAUUGAUUUUUCUAGCAAUAGAUUAACCGGAAACAUUCCCAAAUCAUUUUCCACUAUGAGGGGAUUAAUAUCCUUGAAUCUAUCAAGAAAUAGUUUGACAGGACAUAUAAUUCCAGAUAUUGGUAAAAUGGAGAUGCUAGAUUCUCUUGAUCUAUCUCACAACCAUCUCUCUGGCCAUAUACCAAAAAGUUUGGCAGAAAUAAGCACCAUUGGUGUUCUUGAUCUGUCGAACAACCAUUUGUCUGGAAAAAUUCCAACCGGUACUCAACUUCAGAGCUUCGGUGCAUCUGCUUAUGCGGGUAAUGAUGGGCUCUGCGGGGACCCUUUGCAAAAAUGCCCUGAAGAUCGCUUGAGGCCAUCCACCACUAAUCCGGAGGAAAACAUGAAUGAGAAAGAUGGCAACAUCUUCUCAUUUAUGCAAGAAGUUGGCAUAUCAAUGGGCUUUGGUUUUAUCUUUGGAUUUUGGGGAGUUGUUGGCUCAUUCAUACUGAAGAAAUCAUGGAGAAUUGCAUUCUUCAACUGGUUGGAUAUUGCCGGAGAUUGGUUCUUUGUCCGGAUUGCUUUGUUUGUAUCCAAAUGGAUUCCAAGGUGA